CGGAGCGUCCAACCCGGAAAUAAGAAAGUCUUCUGUAAUCCGAUCACACAAACAGACGAAAGUGUGAGAACCUCUUGCACACCGGCCUUGUAGAUAUCUACUGUUUGUAAAAGUUAUUAAAAACAGAAAAUAAAAGUUUAUCUGCCAUGAUCGUGCUUGCCCAACUUGACUGUCUCCUCUCCGCUUCGUAGCGCAGCUGCGGGGCGCUGGCUGUGGCGCACACUGACUCUCUGCAGCGGCGUCUGUAACUGUCUGUCUGCCUCAGUGAUAUGUGGUAGUGGCAGUAUGCCGUAUGUGGACCGGCUGAACCGUGUGUGUGGCUUCCUGGACAUCGAGGAGAAGGAAAAUAGUUGCCGCUUCCAGAGAAGAUACUUCAUCCUUGACACACAAGGAAAUGCUCUGCUGUGGUAUAUGGACAAUCCUCAGAACCUACCGAGUGGAGCCAGCUUUGUUGGCAGCCUGAAAUUAACCUACAUCUCUAAGGUAAGUGAAGCUACAGCAAAGCAAAAGCCAAAGACAGAGUUCUGCUUCGUCAUAAAUGCAGUUUCACGGAGAUACUUCCUUCAAGCCAAUGAUGUAACUGACAUGAGAGACUGGGUGGCUGCCCUCAACAAGGCCAGUAAGAUCACUGUUCCAAAAGCUUGCCCUGUACCUCCGAGAACAGAUGUUAGUGCAGUGAUCAGUGACACACAGGGAGGAAACAAACAGAAGGCCUACAAGACUGAGAUCAUUGGUGGUGUGGUGGUGCACACGCCCAUCCAGAAUGAGGGCGAAGACACAAACGGGAGGGAGAGGAAGGGAAACAGGCCUGGUGUGCUGAGAUGUGGUUACUGUGUCAAACAAGGAAAUGUGAGGAAGAGCUGGAAGAGGCGGUUUUUCACCCUGGAUGAUAUUGCAGUCAGUUACUACAAGACUGAGAUGGACAAGGAGCCUCUCCGAGCUAUUGCACUGAGAGAGAUUCAAAAGGUCCAUGAAUGUCUCGUCAAGUCGGGGGACCUCCUGCUCAGAGACAACCUUUUUGAGAUCAUCACCAGCUCCCGAACUUUCUACAUCCAGACAGACUCUCCUGAGGAGAUGCACGGUUGGAUCCGGGAUAUCGAGAUGAAAAUCCAGGAAUUCAGAGGUCCCCCCAAGGGCUUUUCAUUUAAGCGUGCAUCUUCCCUCUAUCGAAGUCAAAAUGCCUCCUGUACAUCUCGUGGUCAGCAGAGUGACGAGCGUAGACCUCCACUGAUCAAGUCCUGCUCUGUGGCACCAGGCUGGCAGCCCUGGACGCCUGUUCCUCCAUGUGAGCCCAUCAUCUUGGACACAGAAGAUGAAGAUAGCGCAUUCAGCUCUGUGCCCAAUCUGCCUUCUCUCUCCUCCUCCUCCACCUCAUCCUCCACCUCAUCCUCCUCCAACUCCCUUUCCUCUCCAGCCCCUUCAACCAGCGGGCUGGGGAUCCUUACAGCGACAGCAGAUGUGGCCAGUGGGCGGCGGCGGCACCGCUCGCAGCCUCAGCCUCACACUGCUUACAGCUCUCCCUUCAGAGUGGAUGAUGACGGCAUUCGCACCACUGAUGUCUAGUUCAGCAUAGAGGUGUCAUCAGACUCCUGUAUGGACUAAAGUCUUGGUACUGGUUUUGCUAUGGUGAAUGUGAUGAAAGUAUUCCCUGCUAAUGAAGAGACACUGUGACCGUCUGCCUCAAUGCUAUUAAGGCCCCCUUCUGGUGUUGUAGAUUUUUGCAGAUGAAGGAUGUACCCAGCUGGAAGAUGAUAGAAGAGAGGUACAGUGUUUGUUGUUUGCAGGACUGUGAAGACAUUUGAUGGAGUUUUUUGUUUCUUUGUUUCUUUUAAUUUUUUUUGUUAUUUUUUUUAAUGCAACGUCCUCUGAAAACUUGAAUAAUCCAUUCAGUUGAACAUGUAUUUGAAGAUUUAAAAAUAAUGGCACAUGCUUUCAGCCUGUUGCACUUGGCUCUCAUUGGCUUUUUAUCAAUCUCACCAGGACUGUUUCCUGCUAAAAGUAUUUGCAAGAAGGUAUUUAAAAAUGUUUUAAUACACU